GCCAUCACGCAGCUCGUGCACUGUGAAUCACGUCUGACGUCAGAGUCACACUUGCAGCACGCGUGAGAGUACGGUAGCUGCUCGCGCUUGCUGUGCUGGAGAGGUUUCGUGUAGGCACGGGCCAAACGCUGAGCGCACGCUUUUCCAAUCCAUCAGCUCAAGGCAGAGGAACCACCAGCUUGCGUUAGCUUUAUGAACUAACAAACUACUCGUUUUAGCGCUUUGAUAUCGUAGGCGUUUAUGUGGAAACUAAAGUGAAUCGCUGUGUGCGAGCAAGGUGCAGAUGAAGAGGAUGCUGAAAUGAGUGACAAACAUCGCAAACAUCAUGAUGGAGUCUCAUUUAUGUACAGCAUCACUGCUGUUCCUCAGCUUUAGCGCUUUAAAACUCGCAAAAGGAUAUUUAUAAUGCUGGAUAUCGAUCCUAAAAUAUUAAAAUAGGAGUAUCUGCUUUCACGAUGUUUGCCAAGGCGUUCAUUUCUUGUUAGUAAACUGUUUUGGUCGAUGCUCUAGGAUACUCGCGAUAGUUAAGAUGAAGCUUUUUCUAAUUCUCUGGAUUAUUUGACCAACAUAGUUGCUUUCUAGCAGAAUAACUUUGCUGUUUCGGUGUGUUGUAUGUUAUUUAGUUUAUUGAUGAGUCAGAUUAGUGCUCAAGGCGUGAGGCGUUUUAAAUAAGAGUUUAAAGUUGACCGUGAACUCUUGAACUUUGACAUUGACAUCGACAACAUGGAUAGACGCGGCUGAUUUUCAUCGAACAGGUCUCUUUUUUUUAGCGUUCAUCCAUGACUCUGCUGUUUGCUGAUGGAACAGAAGGUCCUCAGUAAGUCCUCCAUGGUGUCCAGAUUGCCAAAAUUUGGUGCCCGUCCUGUCAAUGGUACCUCCUCAUCCCUUCCCAAUGGUACGACCCAGACUGCGCUCACUCAAGAGGACAAGAAUCCGCCAGCUAGGCCAAAUGGUGUGGUCAGAGCCUCCUCCUAUUCCAUGAAAUGGAGGAAGGAUAGUGGUGGGCCGGUGGACCCUUCAAACCCAGUUGAGGGCACAAUACCAGAAGAGAAGAAAGUUCGCUCCCAACAUUCUCCAGGAAGUAGGGAGUUAAAAAGCCCUUCUACUACCGCAUCCAAAGUGCACAGAUCUGCUGCCUCAUUGUCUACUGGAAGCCCCAAACCUGCACCCAAAUCCCCUAAAUCCAUCCCGAGUCAUAAACCAAAGUCUCAAAACUCUAAAAUCACCCCAACCUCCAAAAGUCAGGACCUAUCCCAAAAAAGCUCAGGCUCCAGGCCAACUCAAAAUGGGACUUCAUUUCUGGGGUCUUCACCGAGCCAAGCAAGCCCUUCAGGGCUUCAGCAUCCAAGAGCAAACUCUAGCUCUACUCGAAGCACCUCAAGAGACCGUUUGUCCCAGUCCAACGACAGCCUCUCACGGCAGUUGCUCAUGCCUGACUACAUGGUGCGUUCUCAGAGCUUCACUCACUUCAAACAACUGCCCUCACCAACGACCACACCCAUGACGCGCUCCUACUCUUUCAACAAGGCAGUGGAGCUAGCCAAACCGCUUGCUAAUACACAGCUUCGUCCUCCACGAACAGUUGGACUCAAAUCUCCUUUGAGCUUAAGCAAAGGCCAUCUAGUGUUCGGAUUGGGUGGCCUGGGAUUUGGAAAGGGGAUAACAGAUAGACUACCUGCUGGGACUCCUUCUUCAGAGAGUUUAACUCCUCCUAAUUCAAUAAAAAGGACUCUUGUGCCUAACUCUGUGCUGACAAAUCCCUCAUUACAGGCCUACAAGCUAAAUCGACCAAUUCCUUCCAAACUGCAUUGCCCUCUAGUGGUUGGGAGGAGCCCAAUGGAAAGUGACGUUAUUACUCCGCCUCUCACUCCCGAGUUGCUCCAUUGUGCCACAAAGAAUGCAUCAGAUUCCCCAGAGGAGCCUGUGACAGAGCUAGGGCUGGAUGGGAACCUCCGCUACACUGUGGAGGGAAUGGAGGACAUGUCUCUCUCUUCUGCAUCUUCUCUGGAGAGGAAUGACACCAGUGAAGAGUUUCUAGAUGACUUUGAUAAUCUAGGGGAUCAGUUGCAGAAUGGCAUUCCUCAAAACAAAUAUGCUGUGGCCACACCCACCCAAACUCGCCUGCAGGGCCUCUUAAAAGAGACCAUGGACUGGACUGGGAUUGGUCUAGCGGGUGGCAAGGCAGAUUUAAUGGGUGGUCUGCUCCGUGGGCCGCCGCUCAUGUCCCCUGACAUGGAUCGUCAUGCAACCUCCUCUCUGGAGCUCUCCCCCUCUAACAGCUCUGGAGGAACAUACAUGUGGGAUGAGGAGGGCAUGGAGCCGCUGGGGCACAACACACUCAUACACCGUUGCAGCAGUUAUGAGUCAGACCUCAACAGCAUUGGCAUUCUGAACAACUUGGAUAACACUGGCUCAUGUGAUCUGGAAAAUGAUGACCUCAUGCUUGAUGUGGAUCUGCCAGAGGACGGGGCCUUACUCCAUGAUGGGAUGGCCCACUUUGAGCGCUCUGACAGGGGGGGCCGGCCGGCUCAAUGGAGGAGGAGACAGCAGAGAUGGAGUGGAACGGAUCAUGCUCAUAAUGACAACAGACUGGUCGGGUUUCAUUACGAUCCCUGUCGUGCAGGACCUCGGCCCCUCCAUCCCGCAGUCCAGCAUGACAGUCACACGGUGGCGCUAGAUGAACUCACUCUCAAGCACCUGGCUGAAGACUGCUCGUCUGUCAAGUCCCAGCUGCUCAAACUCAAGAGUAUGCUGCAGAUGGAUGAUGGUGAGAUUUCUCCAGAGAGUUUGGAUUCCAGCGAAGAUGACAGCAGAGCCCAGCAGAUGGAGGAGCUGAUGAAGGAGGUGGCACAUCUCAGGGAAGAGCUGAAAAAUAAAGAUCAAAUCAUCACACGGCUCACUCAUCAACAGCAUCAACAAUCUCCAGUGAGAUGUCCGUGUCAUCAGCAGAAGUCAGGGGUCAAAGGUGAGAGAAGAACUCAUCAUGAUAAAUCCACUCAGACGGUGUGGCGACCGCCCCAUCAUCACCCCGCUGCUGUACCCACUCCUCUUCUCUCUCCCUGGCAGUGCCAGUACCAGACUGCACCUCGUGCCAGCAUGCCUCAACGCCGACAAACCUCAAAUACUUCAGCCCAUCAGUCACAUCCCCAAAGAGCCCCUCAUCCAGGGAAAACUAGCAAGAACAGUCCAAAUCGGGGGCCACAAUGAUGCCUGCACCGAAGAGGAAUGGCCUCUUACUUCCUGUCCUCCAGCCCCCUGCACAGAUCCAAUUCUUCCUCCUGAUAAAGACCCUCACGUGGAGUUGAAAUCUUUGCCUGACCCAGAGGAGCUGAGCCGGUUGCUUAGCACCCACCUUCACAUACAAGACAACAAUGAGAAUGACUCACCAGAGGCGGGAGAACAGAUUGUGAGAUUGACCCCUGAAAGCCAUCAAAGCAAACUCCUGCAAACCCCUCACCCCUCGUCCUCCUUCAGCCCACGCGUCCUGCAGCCUCCACGUCUACACAGAUGGGUAAAACUCCCUGCUCUGUCUAUAGGAGGCGGUAGUGGUCCAAACCCAAAACCCAAUCUUCCUCCACCUCCGUCCAGAGGUUUGCCAUGCUUCAGUGCAGGGAACCACGUCAUUACUCGCGGCCGGCUAUCCCAAUCUUGGCCAGCAGUAGUCAGGAGUGAGGCUGAUCCACAACGCAAUGCUUCGGUACCGCUCGGUGUCUCCACACGACUUGCAAAGCCAAAGACUCACUGAGCGUUAGCUGCAGCCAUAGACACUGAUAAGGCUACCUCUCUGAACGCAUGAUCACACAUGCGGCUUGCACUAGAUGGUGGUGUUAGUGGCUAGACAACGUUUCAAGCUAAACAAAGCAGCUAAGCUAUCUCAUCUAACUAUGCAACAAAAAGUAGUCACAAUCAGGACAUCUGUCCCACAAAACCACUCUAUCACUUCGAACUAAAAGUCAUUGAUCAUAAUCCUUAACCACUAAGAAACUUUUACCAUUCACAAUUACAUCAUCCAUAAAAACUGAGCUUCUAAUGGACUGAUAAACUGAACGAAAGAUUGAGAUUCAGUCUGAAUGAGAAGGCAAAAGUAGAGAAAAUGAGAACUGGAAAGCACUAAAGAAGUUUUUUUUACUGAUACACAACAAACGUCAAAGACGUGAGUGCUGUGCCAUAGACUUCCUGUGGAGAUUAUUCAAGACCCUCAGUUUGUGGCUAUUUCCUCAAGCGGUGUGCCCUCAGGGCGCCAACUCAUUUAGUGGGUGAAUCUGACGUUUACAUCACCAACCUCCUGAGGUUUAACUGCGAAAACGCAUAUUAUUGUCUACGCAGCCUCACGGAUAUUGUCUUAAAGAGAGAGAGUCAUGUGACCCAAGUCUCCUCUCCAGUUUCCACAGGAAAACUUCUCAGUCUGAUGUGAUUUGAUCUGUUUGUGUAUUACUUUAUGCAUCAUUUCACCUCCUUGUCUGAAUUCACCACAUAAACAUGAAGAAAACAGUGCAAGCUAAAAUAUCAGUUUCAGCGUUCUCAUUCCUAUGUCCUGUUUUUCAGAGCAACAAAGUCUCCUUGACCUGUAGACACAGUGUUUUGGCAGGAGGGCGCACACGCCGCUGUCAGUGCUUCCUUUAUUUUCACCUUGGCUUCAGUCAUAAUCAGCAGAUUUUCAUUUUAAUUAAGCUUAUGCCUCAUGUAUUAACAAGGUCCUUUUUCUUGAUUAUGGAUUAUGGCAUGCUAAAAGAUCUUUUCACCCCCCAUUAGUUCCAUACUAAAUUGUUACAAGACUUUUAAAUUAUUUAUACAUUAUAAAGAUGUUUACAGUUAAAAUGCCUUGAUAAAGCCAUUCAGUCUGUUCCAGUACUGCAGGAAAUUUUGAGGCAGAAAUACUCUUGCAGUGGAACUUUAAAUGUACAUUUUUUUAAUUUGUGAAAAAGAUUUUUGUCUUGAUGUUGCACUAACUUAUUUUUGGCUCUGCAAGCAAUGAUACUUUAAAAAAAAACAAUUUACUUUGUUUUAAAGUUAGAUUGAUUUGAUAAGGAUGCUUUUGUCCACAGUAGGUGUUUUCCAAGGAAGAUGGUUUUCGGUUUGGUUUCCUUAGGGAAGGUCAGAUUACAUAAAUGUGUCUCAGAAGGUUGAUAAUAUUGUCAAGUUUUUGCGCUUUUGGCAUGCCUUCAUACAUAAUGCUCACAGUAAUACACAAAUAUACAAGAAGAUCCACUGCAUGGAAGCACAUGGACUUGUCCAUUCUAUGAUUUUUAAAUAUGCAAGAACCCACCUUUUGUGUGUUUACAGUAUGUGCAAUAUAUGUAUCAGAGUGUAUAUACGUAUCAGUAUAUAUACCCUUAACCUUCAAUGUGGAUGUUUAUUCUAAAGCAAAAGUGAUUUACCUCCAUUUUCCCACCAUACGUGGGGCAUUGGGUAUUGAAGCAUGCUCUCACAUGGGGCACAUAGUUCUAGACGCACCCUAAGCAGAGAUGGGCAGCCAUGUCUAAAACCAACUAAAGUAAAUCAAUAGAAGAAGGAUAUUUGUGUGUUUGUUUCUCUCUCACCCAGCUCUGUGGUUAUACUAAGCAGAAAAUCAAUGGAGGGCUUGUUUUGUAAUUCUCUGAAGGCACUUUGUUUUUAUUUCUCUCUUUCUUUGUCACUAUACGUGUUCAGGAGGAGAGGUCCCACUUAAUACAUUGUCUUCUUGCUAAUGCAAAGUCACAGAAGUACAUUGAUCCUUUCUGCUGUGGUCAGAGGUGAAUCGCUCGUGUCAAUGAGGUGUCUGUUUACAGAUAGGAGCAUCUUCUCUUUCAUUUGCCUCCAAACAAAUGAGGAGAGACCGAAAAAAAAAUUUAGAAUUAAAGGGAUGGCUCACUCAAAAGUCCCUUAUGUCGUUCCUAAGUAUAACUGCUGUCUUCUGUGGAACACAAAAGAAGGUUUCUUUAAAAAUCAUCCUUGUGUUCCACUGAAAAAAAAGAAAGAGUUACAGGUUUGUAAAAACAUUUUCAUUUUUGGAUAAACGGAGAUGCAAAAACUGCAUUGUUUCAGGAAUAUCUGCAAACUGAAAGAUGCUAUUUCCUUAAACAAAUCACCAUUGAGGAGCUGCAGUGAAAAAAAAAAAAAAAAAAAACCUGGUUGCCUGCACCAUAAUACUAGGUAUUAGAUAUCCAAAUUGCUAAAAUAAAUGCACCCAUACAAAGAAUUUGUGAUGUUGUGUAAAAUAUGUUUAUGACUUGCUGCCCAUGUGUGUAUGCCUUCCUCUGGAUUCUUUUCACCUGGUCGAUUCUUUGAUAGCAUGAAGAUGUCUGGAACAAUAAGCACUUGCCGUGAACUCUUUUAAAAAAAAAAAAAAAUCUCCCAUUUUUUUCCUUCCAUAUAGUUCAUGUCUUACAAUAUUUUUCACCUGUUGUGACCCGAGAGUAUGCGGCAUUGCCAGAAUGCUACCAUUGCUCCGUUAUAGCUUCAUGAAAACAACAGUUGCCAACCUGUUUGUAUGGACAGAAGAGAUGUUUACUAACAGAGAAAUGUAUUCAAGCACUUUAAAUGACCCGUUUCAGCCUCCACUCUGGAGAGACUGGCAUUUUUGACCUGAUCCGUUUGAUUUGCUGUCAAUUUAUUGUCUGCAACUAUUAUUUGGCUGUUUGUCUUGUUCUGAUGUUCUGUCCCUGUGUGCCCUGGUCCAGUGGAAGGUGUGAGACUUUAAUAAAGUGAAGAAAUAUCACAUUA